AUGAUGACGCUUCCCACAAACUCCACCGAUGACACCCUCCCUCAGUGUGUUGUCAAUGACCAGAUGGAGCCUUUCAGCGUGCUCUACAUCCUGGUCUUUCUCACCAGCAUAGCUGCCAACCUGGUGGCUCUGUGGGUGUUCAUACACAGCUACAAUGACAAGAAGAGCAUCAAUGUCUACCUGGUCAAUCUCCUGACCGCUGACCUCCUGCUCACCCUGGCCCUGCCCUUCAAGGUGGCCAAAGACCUGGGUGUGUCACCCUGGGGCUUCAUGGUCUUCCACUGCCAGGUGAGCGCCGUGGUAGUCUACAUCAGCAUGUAUGUGUCCAUCUUCUUCCUCACCUUCGUCAGCAUUGACUGCUACAUGCAGAUCAGCCAGAGCUCCAGACUGUUCCGUAUACAAGAAGUGGGCUUCGCCAGGCUGAUGUCAGUGACGGUGUGGCUACUUGUGCUCCUCAUCAUGGUGCCCAACAUGGCCCUGCCCAUCCAGGACGUCCCAGAGAGGAAGUUCCUGAGCUGCUCCAAGCUGAAGCAGGAGGUGGGACUCCACUGGCACGGCCUCGCAGUCUUCCUCUGUACCAUCCUGUUCCUCAACGCGUCCACGGCUGUCCUCGUCUCCAAUGGUCUGGUGCUAAAGAGGUUGCUGGCGAGCAGGAAUGACCCUGAACAGUGGCGCCAUGCUCGCCGUGCAACCGUCAAUGUUACGGUGGUGACGGCAGCGUACGUGGUGUGCUUCGUGCCAUACCACGUGGUACGGACGCCCUAUACGCUGGCCCAGACCGAGGUCAUCACUCCAGACUGCCAGACCAAGAGGCACCUCUUCUUGGCCAAGGAGUCCACAUUACUGCUGGUGGUGCUGCAUCUCUGCCUGGACCCUGUGCUCUACUACUACUUCUCCAAGGCAUUCAGACAGAGGGUCAGGGAGGUGUUCAGGAGUAGGAGGAGCAGACGGGAUUCGAACACCAUCCCAAGCCAGUGA